UUUGGUGUUUACUGUCAACAUCAAGUAGCAAUGAAUAAUCAGGGAGGAGUUGUGGUUGAGACAAAAAAAAGUAGGAAGGAUAGACAGAAAGGUGGGGCGUGAUAUUUUUAGGCAACAUCUAAAAAUUCAUGAAACACAACACUUGAGACAAACCAACUGUAGCAACAAGACAAGAGGAAAUAACCAACUAGAGUUCAUACUUGAGGACGAAGGAUCUCAGCAUCGAAGGCCAACAUAAUGAAGAGCGUUCUUCUCCUCAUCCUCUCACUAACGGCAGGCUGUGAGGCCUCGUCUGAAGUGAAGGGAUGUGAAGGAGGAUGGGUUGAAUUCACCUGCAAAUACCCAAGAGCAGAUCAGGAAUAUCAAAAGAUAGAGGUUAUUAAACCCAGUGAAAAAAUAUAUAUCCAAAUCACUAAAAAGGAUGUGUGGGAAGAGAAGGGCAGAUUUUCCCUGUACCAUGAUACAAGAAAUAAAAACCUCAGGAUGGCCAUUAAACUACUUAAAAGUGAUGACUCUGGGGAGUACCAGUGUAAAUUUUACCCAAGACCUCACUCAUCUCCUGAAACCCAGAAACUGGAACUGGAAGUCGUGAAAGGUGGCUGCACACAAUUUACACCAUUUAAUCAAACUGCAUACAGAACAGCUAAAACCACCAUCACAUGUGAUUACCCUAACGAAUACAACUCCAGUGUCAAGUUUAUCUGCAAAGACAACAAUGAAAUCUGUGAGGAGAUUUUAUCAACACAAUCUUCUGUAAAGUCAAACGGGACUUUCACUCUCACAGACACCAACAGUGGCUUCAACAUGUCCAUCAGUAAUGUGAACUCACAGCAUGCUGGUGUCUACUGGUGUGAAGUCAAAUCAAAUGAAGGAAGUUACAGAGCUUCACUCAGAAAAAUACAACUGCAGGUUAAAAGUAUUACAAUCUUCAAGAGAUCCCCAACUAUUGGACAGGAUUUCAAAUACUGGUGUAAUUACACACAAGGUGCUCCCAUUAAGAAAUUCAUCUGUAAGGGAGAAGAUCCAUCUAUAUGUCAACCUCUAUGGAGCACCUCAAAGCCCAAGAUGAACACUGGGAAGUUUUCAAUGGAAGAUGACACAAAGAGGAGAAAUAUCACCAUAACUGUGAGAAACGUAACAACAGAUGACACUGGGACAUACUGGUGUGGAGCAGUAAACAAUGACAAUAAACGCAGUAAAACAUUCUUCAACAAACUGGAGAUGACUGUAGGCUGUGAGGCCUCGUCUGAAGUGAAGGGAUGUGAACGAGGAUGGGUUGAACUCACCUGCAAAUACCCAAGAGAAGAUCAGGAAUAUCAAAAGAUAGAGGUUAUUAAUUCCAGAGGAUCAAGCAUACAAACCACUAAAAAGGAUGUGUGGGAUGGGGACGACAGAUUUCCCCUGUACCAUGAUACAAGAAAUAAAAAUCUCAGGAUGGCCAUUAAACAACUUGAACAUGAUGACUCUGGGGAGUACCAGUGUAAAUUUUACCCAAGACCUCACUCAUCUCCUGAAACCCAGAAACUGGAACUGAAAGUUGUGAAAGAUGGCUGCCAGACACCAUUUACUCAAACUGCGUAUGAAACAGCUAAAACCACCAUCACAUGUGAUUACCCUAACGAAUACUCCUAUGUCAAGUUUAUCUGCAAAGACAACAAUGAAAUCUGUGAGGAGAUUUUAUCAACACAAUCAUCUGUAAAGUCAAACCGGACUUUCACUCUCACAGACACCAACAGCUUCAAUGUGUCCAUCAGUAAUGUGAGCUCACAGCAUGCUGGUGUCUACUGGUGUGGAGUCAAAUCAAAUGAAGGAAGUUACAGAGUUUCACUCAGAAAAAUACAACUGCAGGUUAAAAGUGAGUAA